AUGUCCGUCUGCUCCAGCAACCUGAGCUAUGGCAGCAACGUCUGCAUGCCCGGCUCCUGUGACCCCUGCCCCGACUCCUGGCAGGUGGACGACUGCCCAGAGAGCUGCUGCGAGCCCCCCUGCUGUGCCCCCAGCUGCUGCGCCCCAGCCCCCUCCGUGACCCUCGUCUGCACCCCAGGGAGCUGCCAGUCAGUGUGCACCAGCUCCUGCAAGCCCCUGUGCUGCCAGCAGUCUAGCUGCCAGCCGUCCUGCUGCUCCUCCAACCCCUGCCAGCAGCCCAGCCAUGUGACCCUCUGCUGCAAGCCUGUGAGCUGUGUGCCCGUCUCCUGUGUGUCCAUCUGCUCUGGGGACUCCUCCCCCUGCUGCCAGCCCUCCUGCAGCCCCUCCCCCUGCCAGCAGUCCAGCUGUGUGACCCUCUGCUGCAAGCCCGUGAGCUGUGUGCCCGUCUCCUGUGUGCCCGUCUGCUCUGGGGACUCCUCCCCCUGCUGCCAGCCCUCCUGCUGCUCCUCCAACCCCUGCCAGCAGCCCAGCCGUGUGACCCUCUGCUGCGAGCCCGUGAGCUGUGUGCCAGUCUGCUCUGGGGACUCCUCCUCCUGCUGCCAGCCGUCCUGCAGCCCCUCCCCCUGCCAGCAGCCCAGCCGUGUGACCCUCUGCUGCAGGCCCGUGAGCUGUGUGCCAGUCUGCUCUGGGGACUCCUCCUCCUGCUGCCAGCCGUCCUGCAGCCCCUCCCCCUGCCAGCAGCCCAGCCGUGUGACCCUCUGCUGCAGGCCCGUGAGCUGUGUGCCCGUCUGCCCACGCCCCUCGUGCUGCCAGCCCAGCCCCUGCCCCUCGUCCUGCUGCAGACCCUCCUCCUGCGUGUCCCUGCUCUGCCGCCCCGUGUGCAGGCCCGCCUGCUGUGUGCCCGCCCCCUCCUGCCAGCCCAGCUGCUGCCGCCCGGCCUCCUGCGUGUCCCUGCUCUGCCGCCCCGCCUGCUCCCGCCCCGCCUGCUGUGGCCUCUCCUCGGGACAGUCCUGCUGCUGA